ACCUUACCUUUUUGACAAUAAUCAUGCUUGAUGCUUCUGCUGCACCUUACUACUUACCAUCAUCAUCAUCAUAUCAGUGUUCUCAGCAGCUAGGGUUUCUCCCCCGGACCCCCCUCUCUCUUAACACUUUCCCCACACCCUUCUUUUUAACUAAUGGCUCGAAUAUCCUUUUAUUUCUCUGAUCACGGCCGAUCAAACACCAUUUCUGAAAAAGGAAAUUCAUGUUAGCUCCAAGGUGGAUUUCAUAAGCAAAUUAAAGGAUCGGUCUAUUAUUGAAUGAAUAAUGGCUUCAUCUUCUUCGAGUAGCUACUCAAGUUCUCCAUGUGCAGCCUGUAAAUUUCUUAGAAGAAAAUGUCUUCCCGGUUGCAUCUUUGCACCGUAUUUCCCUCCUGAGGAGCCACAGAAAUUCGCCAAUGUGCACAAAAUAUUCGGAGCUAGUAAUGUGAGCAAGCUUCUACAAGAGGUUGAGCCGCAACAGAGAGAAGAUGCAGUGAAUUCACUAGCGUAUGAAGCUGAGGCUCGACUAAAAGAUCCAGUAUAUGGUUGUGUUGGGGCAAUUUCUGUUUUGCAAAGGCAAGUUAUAAAGCUUCAAAAGGAACUUGAAGCCACCAAUGCUGACCUUAUGAGGUACACUUGCAACGACGUUAUGACGACUUCUGCUGGCGCCGGCGGCGGGAUUCAGCAGCAUAAUCAGAUCCUGCCGGGAACUAGUAGAAGGGUUUUUGGUCAAGGUGCUAGUCAUAAUCAUUAUCAGGGUUCGGCCUUUUUUAACCAUCCAUGGCAAGGAAAUAAUACUCACGACAAUGACCAUGGAGGAGGUAACAUGUAAUAUUAUAAUUAUUAAUUGUAUUGUUAUUAUUAUAUUAUUAUUAUUAUUUAAGGGACAUAAUAAUUUCACUGAUGCCUGAUUGAUUGCGGUGGUGGCAA